UAAUUGAUAAGAUAAAUACAGUGGAAUAUGAAUAUGAAUAUAAAAAUGAAUAUGAGUUAAAAAAACCAAAUUAUAAAAAACCAACUUGAUUCAAAUGUCUACUAUAUAUUCAAGGUCAAUUAGCAGUUAUAGUUUUCUUAGUAAAAACUUUGUGAGGAAUUAUAAUUCAAACAAAAGUUCAUCAUCUACGAGAUGGAUCAAUAGGGCGAAAAACGAUUACUAUGCCAAACAAGCCCAAAAAAAUGAUUACAGGUCCAGGGCAGCAUUUAAGCUUGAACAAAUAAACGAUAAGUUUAGAUUUUUUCAAAAAGGGCAAAAUGUGGUUGAUUUGGGAUUCGCACCUGGGGCUUGGAGUCAAGUUGCAGCUCUGAAGACCAGUAAUGGGAGGAUAUUGGGAGUCGAUAUUUUGCCCUGCUCACCGCCGCCAAAUGUUAGUGCUGUGCAGGGAGACAUUUUAUCACAAAGGACCCACAAAGCGAUCAGAGACUUUUUUUCGAAUUUUGGGAAUUCAAGCACUAAACAGGUUCAAACAACAGACCACAAAACAGCUUCUGAGCAGAGCAGGGAAAGUAUGGUGGGAUAUCCUAUUGACGUUGUUCUAAGUGAUAUGAUGGCAAACACCUCAGGUAUUCCAUUCAAAGACCAUUUGAACAGCAUGGAGCUUUGUGAAGCAGCGUUGGUGGUGGCAAUUGAUUUGUUGAAGCCAAAUGGAACGUUUGUUUGCAAGUUUUUCUCAGGAAAAGAAGAUCAAGUCUUAGAGAAGCGAUUCAGGAAAGUGUUCAAAACAGUUCAAAGAUUCAAGCCUGAAGCUUGUAGAUCAGAAUCUAAAGAGUUAUAUUUCGUUUGUUUAAAAAAAAGAAAUGCUGAAUUUAAUAAAACUGAAAUAUUUCAAUCAACUGAUAAAUAAUAAUUGGUAAUUGCAUUAGUCUAGAUUUAGAAAGAAAUUGAUAACAAUUUUAAAAUUAGCUUUUUUUUUUGUGCAAAAACAACAAUAAAAAUGUAAUAAUCAACUAAGUAAUUGAAAGAUUAAACAAUUAAAUGAUAAAGACUAAAUCAUCCAUAAAAGUGGGCCCUAAAAAAUAUAAAUAUAAAUAAAUAAAAAUAAAUAAAAAUAAAUAUAAAUAUAAAAUAAAUAUAAACAAACACAAAAAGCAUUCUAAAAAAAAAUGAGCAUAGAAAAC